GCCAAGAGCAGACUGUGCAGGAUCCAGCCCCUCAGUGCCGACUCAUAGUCAGUACGGACAACUCAGGCUCGUUGGUGCGUGACCACUUGGCAAACGAACGAGGCCUUCUGGCGUACAUGAGAACCGCACUGAACUAUUUUACUGUCUCAAUAAGUGCCAUUCAGCUGUUUAAACGAUCAAUUAUUGAGCAAUUAAUUAGUCCUACUCCCAACUAUGGCCGGCUUGCAAAAGAUCAGAAUUUCUACGAGACUCUUGCGAGACCUUGGACCGUGAUUAUGUCUUGCUUGGGGGUAAUAUUCAUUGUCACCAAUGUGGGAAGGUUUGUGGUGAAUUCUAAUCACUUGACCUACUAUAAUCGCUUUGGAAUUGACGGCACAGUAAUUCCCUUAGUGUUUCUCAUAAUGAUAGGUCUCGAUGUUUAUCUGAUCUACAAAAUAGCUUCGCUAGAUUUUUCCGCUUAAUCACAUUAUUUAAUUUAAUUUAUUUCAUAUUUUGAUGCCAUACACUGUCUUAAGUCCAUCUGGUGCCGUAGCCAGAGACCAUCUAUCCAAUGAGCGCACAAUGCUUGCGUAUUUGCGGACCUCAAUGAGCUUUUUAUCACUUGGAGUCGGAGUGGUCCGACUUGCCAAGUACGCAAUUAUCGACCCGUUAAAGCCUUUGAAUCUUGAAAAGUACCCAGAAAUGCUGCGCCACGACUACUACAUAGCCACAACAUAUGCAAGGCCUCUGGGAGCUUUGAGUUUGGCGGCUGCUCUUUUGACGCUUGCCUUUGGCAUAACUCGAUAUUGCAUUAUGUUCAAUCGGAUUGUUCACUCAGAGAGAUUCCAAAACGAGAAUAAAGGCCAGGUCGCCCGCGACCAUCUGGCCUCGGAACGCACUUUCCUUGCUUGGCUCCGAACGUCGCUUACCUUCGCAAGCUUGGGAGUGUAUGUGACACAGCUGCUGGCCAUAGGAGCGGACGAGACUUCUGUCUCUUCUACGACAAGGCUUGGAAAGGCUCUAGGGUUGUGUUUUAUAGUUAUGGCGAUAGUCUCAGUGCUUAUCGGGUGCGUGCGCUUUUUUAUCGCCCAAUCGAUGCUUCGCAAUGGAAAGUUCUCUGUCGCGCAUUUUGAACCAUACUUCGUAUACGGCGUGACAGGUCUGCUGUCGGGAAAAGUCCACGGAUCGCUUGCACGUGCCGGUAAGGUUAAGUCUCAAACUCCAAAGGUCGAGAAGACCGAGAAGCCAAAGAAGCCAAAGGGAAGAGCAUAUAAGAGACUGUUGUACACCAAGAGAUUUGUCAACGUUGCCAACACCCCAGGUGGAAAGAGAAGAAUGAACCCAGGUCCAUCCUCCAAAUAAGUCCAGUGAGGUUCAUAGCUAUUGGUAUUAAUGAAUUUGAUACAUAUUUACAGGUAUCCUAGCAGCCUGAGGCAAUAAUCAACGAGAAUACCGAGCCAGAAAGUGUGCCCAGUUUUGAUGUUCUCUCGGAACCAGAACCCGCAGCUUUUGGGGUCAUCCAGGUCCACCAGCUGAGUCAUUCUCAAGAGCCGGUAUGCUCCGUAUGCUGCUCCUAAAUAAAACCCAGGUCCCAUUCCGGCAAGGUAUCCGCUCAGCGUGUAGCAUCCCAUCUGGGCGGCUGUGAGGCCAUGGAAGAUGGUCUUGGAUUUAUCGCCCCACGCCAGUGCUGUGGAUUUGAUGCCGGCCUGGGCGUCGAAUUUUUUGUCUUGGUGCGCGUAGAUGGUGUCGUAGUGCAUACACCAGAAGAAUCCACUCAAGUAGAGAGGAAUCAUCACUGGCCAGUUCCACACUCCCAUGGCCGGGAAGCCAAGUAGCGCUCCCCAAUUGAAGCACAGACUAAGUACCACUUGCGGGUAAUAGGUGACCCGCUUGAACAGCGGGUAAGUGCCCACGAGAGCCAGCGACGAUGCUCCGAGCAGGAAACAGUCCAUUGGCAGUUGUAGAAGGACCACGAGUCCCACACCCAUUUGUGCAGCCAAAAACACCAACGCUUGCUUCACGCUGACGCGUCCGGACGUGAUUGGUCGUUCCAUAGUCCUGGCGACUUUGUUGUCGAGGUUUCUAUCGAGCAGGUCGUUGAUGGUGCAGCCUGCCCCACGCAUCACGAAAGCGCCGACACCGAAAACCGACAUCAUAUAAACGGUGGAUGCCAAAGGCGCCGACGACAUGUAUGCAGCCAUUGUGAUUGCCCACAGACAAGGGCUCAGGAGUAGCUUGGUGCCGAUAGGUUUUUCGAUCCGCAUUAGCUCCAUGUACGGGAUGAUUUUUGGAGGGAAUUUAGUCAGAUAUCCCAGCCCGGCAAGACGCUCUUCUUUGGCUCUUGCAAGAUCCUCGGCAGAAAAAGUUGACUGGAAACGAACAAGCGGCGCGAGCCUGCUGACUCUCCAACAAAACGCUGGUCUC